AUGAGCGGCCCGUCGUCAGGCUUGAGGAGGUUCUUCUCCUGCUUCUCCGCGAGAUCCAGCGGCGUCGCGGGCGCCACCGCCUCGGACUCCGACGGCGACGGCCCCCACGGGGGCGAGGACCUCAUCAGCGGCCUGCCCGACGACGUCCUCUCCAGCAUCGUCUCCCUCCUCCCGAUCAAGGAGGCAGCGCGCACGGCGGUGCUCUCCUCCCAGUGGCGCCGGCUCUGGGCCUCCAGCCCGCUCGUCCUCGACGACACCGACCUCCUCCUCAACAACCCCAGCCACGUGGGCGCGGUCAGCGCCACCGUCUCCGCCGCCAUGCGCGCCCACCCGGGCCCCUUCCGCUCCGUGAGCCUGACCUGCUACUUCAGCGACGCCGAGAAGCACGUCCUCCGGCGCUGGAUCCGCGUGCUCGCCGCCAAGGGAGCCAGGGAGCUCGUCCUGAACAACAUCCCCUGGGCGGGGCUUGACCUGCUCCCCCGCGCGCUCCUCGAGUGCCGCUCGCUGCAGCGCCUCCGGAUCUCGGACUGGCGGUUCCACGACACGUCCGGCGCCCCCGUCCUGCCGCGGGGAGCGGCGGCGCUGCCCCGCCUGCGGGAGCUCGUCCUCAGCAGGACCAUAAUCCAGGAGCUGGACCUCGACCGCGUGCUGGCGAGUAGCCCCAGGCUUAAUACCCUCGUUUUCGUACUCAGCGCUGGCGUGCCCGCGCAGGUGCGCGUCAGCAGCCGAAGCCUCCGGUGCGUCGUGUUCUGGCACUCCGUGGCGGAGGAGCUCGCCGUCGUCGCCGCCCCACUGCUGGAGCGGAUCAUCAUCCAAACGUCAUCGUCAUCGUGUGGCAGCAGAAGGGACGGCAGUCGCAUGAGGGUCAAGAUCGCCAGAGCGUCCGUGCUUCAGGCAUUGGGGUUCCUCAAUCCCAACCAUCACGAGCUGCAGAUCGGAGACACGGUCAUUAAGGAUGGUAAGAAGGUUGCGCCUGAUGCAGUGGUUCCGAGCGUCAAGAUAUUAGCACUGUCCGUUCAAUUUGGAGUUCGCAGUAAAGCAAGGAUGGUUUCUUGCUUCCUUCAAUGCUUCCCAAACAUUGAAACUCUACAUGUCCGGUCUAUUCCAGAUCGUGGAGCCACUAGCAAGAACGGGAAUUCUGAGUUUUGGAAGAAUGAAAUUGAUUCAGUUGAGUGUGUCAAGGGAAGUAUCAAUAAGGUAGUAAUUCAUGGGUUCCAGUGGGAGAAUUGUGAGAUCGAAUUCCUCAAAUCUAUUCUUGAAGGAGGAAAGGUGCUUCAGAAAAUCUACAUCUUAGAGGAUAAAAGUAUUUCUGUUUCGGGGGGCGGCGUAAAUGGUACACUAAGCUUGCUGGCCUCACUGAGCAACGGCAUUGAACUGAUGAUAUUGGCAGGUCAAGAUUAUGGCAUUUGGACAUAUGAAGUGGCUUCUGAUCUUUCUCGCAAUGACCCGUUUGAUUGCCUGAAUUGA